AGAAAUUCAUGUUAUUCAUUUUAUGUGAAGACUACAUAACUCUAUCCAGUUCAUAAAAAGAGUUGCUUGAAUUUGUUCUUGUUUUGGUAAAGAUGGAAGGAGGGAAAAACAGUCAUAACAUGCUUCAAGAUUCAUGGAUUCAAUAUGAAGAAAGUGAAUCUACUUCAUCUUCCUCCAUAGGAGAAGACUCAGAUGCUUCAAAUGGAUCCUCCAUAACCUCAUCUGAUACAGUGGAUGAUGCAUCCUCUUCUUCGUCUUCGUUGAACUCGAGCCGCGGUGGAGCUAUCUAUGAUCUCUCAGAGAUCAUGGACCAAUUGCCUAUCAAAAGAGGGCUUUCCCAGUUUUAUCAAGGGAAGUCAGAGAGUUUCACAUCAAUUUCAAGGGUGGCAAGCUUUGAAGAUCUGGUGAAGAAGGCAGCAACUCCUUUUAGGAGGAAUUUGAAGGCUUCAAAGAGCUGUGGAACUGGUUUGCAUAGCUACAAGCAGUAUACUCUACCUAAGGCCACCAUAGCAAAGAGGUCUCCAAAGGGUGUUGCUUCCCUCUCAUCAUUUCCUAGUAAGAGAGGGGGAGUUAUCAACACCAAGCCCCCCCUUACCCCUCACUUGGAAUGUUGAGCAAUUUUGUGAUCAUUGUCUAAUUUCUUUCAUUGUUCAUAGCCACAAAAAGUACAGAAAUGAGAUACCUUUUUUUAUUUCA